AUGCGUCCCACCGAUUCACUCCAGGAUACCUACGCUCGACUACUAGUCCACGCAGAACCAGAGCGAGGAUAUCCCCUUUGGUUCCCAGAACCUAGCAUACAAUUGCCCCCCAAGUUCCUCCAUGGAGGCAUUCGAAUCGGAGAUGUGGGUAUUGUCACGGCGCAUGGAAACUUUGACGUGUUCUUCAACAUAUGUCUUCCUGAAUUCCACCCUCUCCAUCAUCGUUACGGUGUUCCAGAGGGAUUUAAACAGAUAAAGCUUUCCGAGAAAGACGUCGAGAUCAUCGAAGAUCCCAAUUACCGUGGGUGUAUAGUCACUGCGAAGUGUUCUCCGAAGAAAGGUGUAAAUGUGAAGGUGACUGGCGCCAAUCCCAAGUCAGUACUUGUCGUGGCAGUCAAAGGCUCCAAGUCCGAAUCGACCGCAAAGGCUGCAUUCCUAGCACUUCCAGGUGGUGCGGACAAACACGACCUUCGCGACACCUCCAUUUUCCAAAGGGAAGCCAUGCGGAUGGGUAAGAAGUGGUACGAGUUUGCACUGAACAAAUUAGGACGAACCACGAUGAGUUGCGACUCACUCUACCUCGUCACCGGGUAUCACAAGGCAUCCACUUGGACACUUGCUGCCUUCCAUAAUCCCGCUGCAAUCUGGAAUGUCGACGUGCGGUACACGGAAAAUGGUGAUGUACUUGUGACCGACCCGUGGCACAAGACGAGCAUCAGCCCUUGUCCGACCAGUUUCGAUGAGAAAAAAAAUCACACUGUUACUAUGCGGGGAUUCAAGAUCGCGAUCACAGAGAAGACAUUUCGUUCUUUGCUCCCGUCUGGCAAAGGAAAGGGCCUCUUUUCUGUCAUCGCUCCAUUGCUCCACCACGGACCACCUACUCACAAGAUUUACCAUCCACUCGAUGGGAUUAACAGCAUACUGCUGGGCCAGGUACGAGGUGAUCUCUCUGUUCAUUUGCUUCGCUUACGUUUCCCAUGCCAGGAAAAGCACUGUGACAUGGUGGUGACGCACGACAGCGUGUGGAAAGACAUAGUCAAAGAGGUAUGUACACAUAGCUUACCGGGGUAA